AUGCGGUUUUCAUGGUGCGUAACUAAGGAAAAGCUACUGACAAAUCAGUCGCCACCGUGGGGGGGUGUUGAAUACCGAGACCCAAGCAAGCUGAAAGGCGUGACGCCAACGAACAAGAAGUAUUAUGACGCUUAUCCGUUCAUGGCAUUGCAGCCAGUGGGUGGGAAGAAACUGCUAGAGUUGUCAAGGUUAGUGACUGACAAAGUCGUUAUGUUUGUGCCAAGAAACAUGGAUCUCUCUGAUGUGUCGGAGGCAGUGAAAGAAGUGGGAGAUGGGUUUACCGUGCAUGUGGAAGAAAUGUGGAUGGGGCCGAGGCUCAAGGCGCUAUCGCUCAUCUUUGAGAAACAACCCAACAAUCGCUCUUGA